AUGAUUAGUAGUUUGUUAUACCUCAUUGCCAGUCGUCUUAAUAUCUCCUACAGUGUGGGAGUGUGUGCUCGAUUUCAAGCUCAACCCAAAGAGUCUCACUUAGAAGCUGUAAAAAGGAUCAUCCGAUAUGUUGCUGGUACAAUUCACUGUGGUCUUUUCUAUACCUUCGACACUAAUGUAGAGAUUGCAGGAUAUUCUGAUGCUGAUUGGGGAGGAAAUCUGAAGGACAGAAAAAGCACAUCUGGGGGAUGCUUUUUCAUUGGAAACAAUCUGGUUGCAUGGCAUAGCAAGAAACAAAACUGUAUCUCUCUAUCUACUGCCGAAGCUGAGUAUGUUGCAGCUGGGAGUUGCUGCACGCAAAUGCUUUGGAUGAAGAAAAUGCUUCAUGACUAUGGCAUCUCUCAAGAUAGUCAACUUGCUGACUUGUUCACUAAACCACUUGACACUGCUAGGUUUGAGAUGUUGAGAAAUGCUCUAGGGAUAUGUUCUAAGCAGUAA